CACACACACAGACCCCCCCCACACACACACCCACACACAGACCCACAAACAUGACCAAAGAACAGCUCAGGCCGCGGCUCUGCGUCAUGACCCGGAGUGCCAACGGCUACGGCUUCCACCUGCACGGGGAGAAGGGCAAGACGGGGCAGUUCAUCCGCCUGGUGGAGCCGGACUCCCCGGCCGAGAGCGCCGGCCUGCAGCCCGGGGACCGGCUGGUGCAGGUCAACGGCGACAACGUCGAGGCGGAGAGUCACCAACAGGUGGUCGGCAAAAUCAAAGCGGUGGCCCACGAGACCCGACUGCUGGUGGUGGACCGGGAGACGGACGAGCUGCUCAAGAGCCUGGGCUUGAGCUGUAAGGAGGAGUACGUGCACGGCAUCCCCCAGCCCGAGCGGGAGGGCGAGAAGGUGCAGACAGCCGUCCCGGAGGAGGACAACGUGUCCCGGAGCAGCAGCGAGAAGGAAUCGUCAGAUGUACAGACAGAGCUUCGUCCUCGUCUGUGUCGCAUGAAGAAGGGCCCCAAUGGCUACGGCUUCAACCUGCACAGCGAGAAGUCCAAGGCCGGGCAGUACAUCCGAGCCGUGGACUCCGACUCCCCCGCCGAGAGCUCAGGGCUGCUGCCACAGGACAGGAUUGUGGAGGUGAACGGUGUGAGCAUGGAGGGGAAGCAGCACUCUGACGUGGUGACGGCCAUCAAAGCCGGCGGGGACGAGACCUCCCUCCUGGUGGUCGACCCAGAGACCGACAAAUUCUUCAGGAAAUGCAAAGUCUUAGCAUCGGAAGCUCACCUGACAGGUCCUCUGCCGCUGCUGGUCUUAAACGGUGACAUGGAACAGAAGGCAAAUGGAAAUGUCUCCACACAAGCCACAUCAUCAGCCCCCUCCUCCACUGCCUCGUCUCCUCCCUCCACUCCAACAUCUCCAGGCAGGAAGAUGAGUGCUCAGCUGGAACAGGCGAAGCCCGAGAACAAGGCGCCAUUGGAGGAGGUGGGGCUGAACCUCAGCAUGUCUGCGGCCGCAGCCAAGGAGAAGGUCCACUCCAAACGCUCCACCAAGCGUGCACCGCAGAUGGACUGGAGCAAGAAGAACGAGCUCUUCAGCAACUUGUAAAGGAGCAAAAUAGCUGGCGUCUGUCGCUCAGUCAGUCAGUCACAUUGUUCCUCACACUGUCUGUCUGUCUUUCUGUUUGAUACGCAUUUGAUUUUUGGUUUAUGACAAAGAAUGUUUUAGUUCAUUUGUUCUUCAAAUUCAUCUAGUUUUAUUGAUGUUUUUUUCUCUCUCUCUCUUGGGAAGGUCCACUCCUGUCAUCUUCCUUCUCAAUCAAAUCAUUUACAUUCCUUUCCCGAGUGAUUGGGUUUGUCCUUUCGUCAAAGCCAGGCCACUUCCUUGUACUAAAACCCUUGUGGAAUGAAUCGGGUGGGAGAGACUGGAGGGGGAAAUGCAAGGUCUCCCUCCCACCCCUUGUUUGACCAUUGGAGCUCUGUCUAACACCUAGGACUGGGCGUCUGUCUGGUCACGUGUUGAGUCCAGCCCAGGUAGCCAGGCUCAGUGGCCGGGCUGGGCCUGGCUCCAGCCAUUCUUCCUUCCAUCCAGCUGGUCCCAGUCCGCCUCUGGCAGCACCUCACUGCAGGCGGACGUUGGCUUCAGCUCUGCACUGAGACGUCGCCGGACGAGCAGGACCCUAAUAAGGACCUCGAUAGACCUCGCGGCUACUUGUGGUGGAUCCACGGCUUUCUGGUUGGUGGGUUUCCCCCUCCUCCUUUCCCUGAGCUCCAUAGAAUUCCCUGUCACUAAAUUCCACAUGAACUGAUUUUUUUUGGCAAAUAACUGUACAUAAUUGUCGGAUGAGACAAAAUGAAUGAAUUGUCUGAUAAACCAGCGACCUCUCCAGUGGGUCUCUAGUUCUGUCUUUCCUGUGUGUUUUGGAACCAAAGGGUUUCUGAGUGAGCAGAUGAUCAUCGGUAAAGAGCCUGUCAGCUCAGUCAAUCUGAGGAGAUCUCUGGCUGGAACCAUCAGGAGCUGGUUUCGGACUCUGGACAAGUCCUUGAGAAACUUUGAUGUAGCUUAUCCAGCUCCUAGCUGAGAUCUUUCUCUCCCUUCUUCCCCCCAAGGCUUAUGAGUUGAGCUGGCAAUUGAGAGGAGGGUGCUACAAUUGGUUUGUGCCUUGGCUGGUGGUGGGGAGAAUCACCCAUGAGCUGUACUGGUCAGUAUUCCAAAGUCCAUGGAACAAACUGAAGAGUGUGUCCUAUUGAAGAAUUUAUUAGGGCUGAGGAUAAUGAUGUGGAUCUGAGCAAUGUAGAGAGGGAGAGAAUUAAGAGGCGAUUGGGGGAGAAUUAAUUGAAGGAUAGUUUAUAAACACCAACUUACCCACUGUAAGGCUCAAUAAGAUGAUUCCUCCAUUUGAUCAGGUAAAUUGUGUGUGUGUGUUGGGGGUGGGGAGAGAAGGGGGGAUAGAAAAUACAGCAUCUGUUUUAUUCCUUAUCUUCCCGCUUACCCUCGCUGUCGAAUCUAAUAAAUACUUUAGCAAAAUGAUCAGCGAAUCGCUUUAUUCUUGAUCUCCUGCCUCGCUGCUCCAUGGAAUCUAAUAAAUGCUGUCAGAAUAACGUGUGCAAAAGCUUUCCCUACAAUCAAACCUCUCACCCCGAGGAGAGGGUUGGCAUCGAACUGCACCCUGUAGCUUUCAGUUUUCUUUUUUUUUUAAAUGGAAGAAUUUGUAAUUGUUUUUCCUCGUGAGACGCUGAGAGAGACAGAGUGAGUGAGAGAGAGAGAGAGGGGGGAGACUCCUUGUGGGCUGAGAUCUGGCUGGAAUAUCAAGUACUUUUUAGCAAUUUGUAUUUUUUUUCAGUUUAGUUUUGAUUCGGUCAUCUCUCAUGGAACUUCUAACUGGAAUUAUGCAAUAAUUUUACAAAUGAUGGAAUAUCUCCUGUGAUGAUGGCGUUCGAGAGAUGAUGCUGUAAUGUUUGUUCCGUGAGCUAGUUUGAUAGCAAGUCGCUCGUGACGAUGAAAUAACUUUGUAAAACUGUUCCGUGACGACCCUCCUUAAAGGAGCUCUAGUUAAGAAUUCAGUGUAACUAAGGCUGGGCUGCAGUGUGUUAAUGUGCAAUGGCUGGGGAGGCGAGUGGGGGGCGCGGGUGGGGGUUUGUGAGCGUUGAGGUUUGAGCUUCUGCCCUUUCCCAGUGUCAUUGUUUUGCCCACAAAAUACAUAGUCGAUUCACUUUCCAGUGUAUCCUGUGAAACCCUUUGCGACGUUUUAAAGGCGUGAUACGACUCUAUAUCAAACGCAAGGAUUAUCAUCAUUCUAACCCUUCAAAAAAAAAAAAAAUCCUUUUUUAAAAAGACGACUCGCUGCUCAGCGCACGUUUCAGUCCAACGUUUAAUAAAGGUUCUGCUCCUGGGGCAGUGAUCAGCCCUGGUCUCCGCUGGCAGUCGCACAGCCUCGUUGGUUCAUCGUUCCUGGGAAGAGGGUAAAAUGGAGUGUGUGAGCUCAGUGCCAGAGACAAAUCUACAUCACUCUGAUUGGGGAGUUUACAGCCUGAUGUACUGCAGCGGUUUGAGUCUAUGCGGUCUUUAAAUAUGAAUUUAUUCUCAAGGUUUCGAACCAGUUGAGGUACAGAUCAGCCAUGAUCUUAUAGAAGUUCCAAGGUUCUCCGCCGACACAGUCCAGCCUCGCACAUGAAUUGAUGGUCACUCAGGCAAGGUACCUGAUACAAAGCAAUAAGUUCAGCAUGUAACACUUGGACGUCUCUUCCUCUUUCCUCCCCCAGUGACAGGAGGCUGAAGGUUUAAGCUCUUUCCUCUGCAGUGAAUGUUAUUACUGCCGAGGAAAUCCUGGCUUGGCUGAAGAAGAUUACUUCCCCUUGUGUUUAUUUGCUCUUUGUACAUUUCCUGUUGCUGGCUGUGCUUUCACACUGGGACCUGGGCUAAAGCAGGUUGGGUUGAGUUCAGUAUUGGCGGUUUCAGCAUUAAACACAUUGAAUAAGUUUCUCCUGUGCUGUUUCUCUAGACGGAUCCGUUUUACUGUGUAGAUUUAAGUGUUAUAAGGGCAGAAAUGAAAUAAAAUCGUGCAAAUUCAUACAUAUUGUAAUUUUUAGAAACUAUAUUUUUAUCUGUGUGUAAAUUUUAAGAAAUAAAAUGAAAAUCAAA